AUGGCGUUCCCUUAUAUCGACACACCGCGUACGGAAAUCGACGGGAACGCGACGUAUCUCACCAACGGCUUUCGCAGCGUCGGAAGAACACAUCUAUCUGCCCUGGACUCAGUGGAAAACUCAUUUCAUACUCCAUCCAAGGAUAACGAUGUGAUCAAGGGGUUUGACAACGGAAGGAGACGCGUCUCCGAUAGCAACAAACUCGGCACCCCACGCGCCAACAAUUCCAAGUCAACAAGAAGCGCGUUAAGACACCUUCCUGCAGCUGGACCAGCCAAAGGAGAGUUCACACCUCUGAUGAAAAGCGCGACAAAGAACAAUUACCUCAAAAAUAUCGGUACUCGAGGGGACGGUCUCAAGACUCCCGGCUAUAUGCGAGAGACUAGUCGCAUGGCCCAUACCCACGGACUGCCACCUAUUGAUGGGUCCGGUAUCUACGAGGAGGACAAUACAGUUGAUGAAGCGACGCCGCUUCCUCAAGCAGCCAGCAGCAGUGUGCAGAGUACCCCUCUUCCGGGGCUGGGUCGUGGCAGCGGUGGUGUCCUAGGUGAUGGUCAAAAUAUGACUUUGAAAGAACAAGAGAGGAUCAUCGACAGACUUGACAAGGACAAUUGGAAUUUAAAGCUGAAAAUCCACUACCUCGAGGAGCAACUGUCGAAAGCCGGCCCGGAAUAUAACAGCACAGCCCUUAAAGAGAACACCGAGCUCAAAGUUUUGAAGUUGACAAUGCAGCGCGAUAUCUCUCGAUACAAGAAAAGCCUACUACUAGCAGAACGCGAUUUGGAAGAUUACCGUCAACAAAUCGAAGAUUUGAGAGAGAAAGCCCGACGAGGACAAACCGACGAGGAGGUACAACAGGAAAUGGAUCUGAUGCGUGAGGAGGUCGAUAGCCGGGAUAAAGAGAUCAGAGAGCUACGCGAAGAAUUGAGAUUGGUCAAGGACAGCCAAUCCCAGGAGGUCGAGAAACUCCGAGAUGAUGUUGAGGAUUUGGAAGCGGCGGUCCGAGAAAAAGAUCGGGUCAUCGAAGAGCGUGACGAACAACUGGAGGAAUUGAGAGAGAGCGCCAACGAGAACGACGCAGCUACGGAACUCCAAGUCGAGCUUGACCGGGCGAAGGAGCAUCUCCAAGACCUUCAAGACAGUCUUGAGAAGGCAAAAUUAGACGCAGAAGAAGCGGCCCACACUGCACGACAGGCAGUGGACGAAAAGGAUCGUGCCGAAGACGACCUCCGAGAAUUACAAGACGAGAUGUCAAACAAGUCCUUCACAACAAAGGGGCUUAACCGGCAACUCGAAGAGAGGGCUCAGAAUCUCGAAGUGGAGAUGCAUGACCUGCAGCGAGAGAAUGAAGCCCUCAAGACUGAACUUGAGAACAAAACUAGAUCCGUAGCUCAGCUUGAGGAGCGCUACCAUACCAUCCAGCAAGACCUGAAGAGCAAUGCCGGAAAGCUCGGCCAAGACCUGGAGGCGGCUAGGCGCGAACGAGACUCGGCGGUCAGGGAUCGUGAACAGACAGCGUUGCGACUACAAGAAGCCCUCGAGGAUGCUCAACGCCGGACGGAAGAGAAGGAACUCCUGCAGACUCGACACCGCGCCUUGACUGAUGAGUCUGGGGGUCUUCAAGGCGAAUUGACCCGAGCACAGUCCAGGAUCCGCGAACUUCAACAAGCAGUCGAGGAGGCCACCAAUCGCGCACAAGACAACCAGAACAUGCGCUGGCAACACAAGGUGGAGCUCGAACGACUCCAGGAUGAAAUCGAAGCUCUUCAGCAUGAGAUCGAGGACAAAGAAGGUGUUUUUGCCCUCGAGCAAGACCGUUGGGACAGCACCAAGCGCGCAUUGCAGUCUCAGAAGGAGCGGGCGGAAGAGCAAGCAGCAAACUACAAGCGCACGGUUGAGAGACUCCAGGCAGCCGAACACUCUCUUUCAGGGAAGGAAUACAAGCUCCAGGACGCCAUCGACAGUGAGAAGCAGCGCCACACUCAAGAAGAAGCGGUGCUCACCCGCCAAAUCAAAGAACUGGGUGACGAUCUGGCACAGAAGAGACAGAUUAUCGAUGAACAACGCAACGACCUUCUUACCGUACGAGAAGAGCUUCGUAUCUCCCGGCGUGAGGAGCACUCCCUCAAGGAGAAGGUUCAAGCCUUGGAAGACGAAGUGGUUGUUCUACAGUCAAGCCUAGCAGAUGAGCAACAAUAUGCCAAGGGCCGAUCUCAGAAGGGCUCAGCCGAUGUGGAAUUACAAUUGCAGAAGGCUAUUGCAGAUAGACAAACUCUCCGUGACCAGCUUGCCAAUGCUCAUGUUGAGCUGCACGAUUUGCGGACUUCCAUUGUUGAGUUGGAGACUGAGCGGGACGAAUUCCAGGCCCAGGUUGAACGUGCCCAGAAUGGUGAUGAAACAACCCGGCUUGACCGUGAGAAGCUCGAACUCCGGAAGACUGGCACUCGACUAGAGAUCGAACUGAAACGACUUCGGGACGACAAGGCUGCCCUGAUGGAAGCCAAGGAAACCCUCGAGAAACAGCUUGGCUCCGAGAUUGAACGUGCAGCAGCAGAGGAGAACCGUCUUUCCGCUGAGAUCGAUCGUCUUCAGGACAAGCUGCUCGCUGGCUCCGGAAACCGGGACAGAGAGCUGACAACGGCGAAGACAAAGGUGCAACGAUUUGAACGACGAAUUCAGGAGCUGGAGACGCUUCUUGCGCAACAACAGCCAGCCGAUCACGAACAGUCAACGGCGAAUGGCGACCUGUCUGUUCUUCGGCAUAGCCUGGAUGAGGCCCGCAAGCGCGAGAAGGUUCUCCUAAAGCGUGACGCAGAACACAAAGCCUAUGCGCGCACCUUGAAAUCGCGAGCUUCAGAUCUGGAAAGAGAUCUUCACGAUGCCCUCAUGAACAAAUUCGAUUCCCGCUCUCUGCAGGACUCACCCUCUAACAAGCUCAACGAAGAGUUGCGUGGUCUACGCAAGCAGCUCGCGGAUGCACACCGAUCUCUCAAGGAGGUCAAAUCCAAAAACCGUGAUCUGGAACGUGCCGCCAUGAAGGAGGAGGACCAAAAGGAUCUCCAUGAGCUGCUCAAGUCGUCGACCAUCGAAGCAGAGGCCCUGGCCCUGAAGGUUUCAGAGAAAGACGCUCGAUUGAAUGAGUUGAAGGCCCUGGUUCGCCGCAUCCGUGAAGAGCGAUCCUUUUGCGUUCGCAAGGCUGAAACAGCCCUGAAGGACUUGGAGACACUACAGCAACGCUACGACGAAGUUCUAGAAAAGCUAUCUCAAGGCAGGUCGACCAACAAGAUCCGACACGAAAAGGAGAUGCGUGGUCUAGGCAAGGAAAUCAUCUGGCUUCGUGCCCGUCUGCAGCGGGAGGAGAAGUUCCGCCGUGAUCUGGCCUGGAGUAAGGGUCUGAUGGAACUCGGUGAACGUGUUCGCGUAGCAUGUAACGAAGCCGACCUCCGCAUGAUCUCCGAAAUGGGUGUUUCAGCUCGGGAUCGUAAUACCGCGCGAUCUCCACGGGGCAAGUUCCGCUCUGCCAUCUCUUUGGUUGUCGCGACCGUUCGCAUGAAAAAGAUGGGUCAGGAGUGGAGGCGGACCAAGAAGCUAGGCGAGGGCUUGAAGCGGGCUAAGAGUGAGAUGCUCAAACGCCGGGAGAGCUCUAGUAAGAGCAUGCUUGGCUAG